AUGAACCCCCUGACAGAGACAGAGACAGAAAGAGAGAGAGAGAGAGAGCAAGAGAGGAGCUUGCAAACGUUGCCCAGGAUAUUUGAGGCUUGGGUGGCGCCCAAAGUGCUGCAGAUCAAAGGUAAGCUCCCUGAGAAUAUCAGCAUCGCAUAUCACGUGCCGCCGUUGGAGCAGAGCAACGUGGAGAACGAUGCCGGCCCCUUUCCAUGGAAGUUGCUAGGUUCGGUGUCUGAGCAAGAUUGUGGCUUCGAACAUUGGAUCCAAGCCCCCGAGGACGGCUUCCUCUGGGACUUGGCGUGGGACCUGCCCCUGAAUUGCGUGCACUCCUCGAACCUGUGGCGAGACUUUCAGUCUGCCUUGUACGACAGUGUCGGCCUGGUCCCCGACCAGGACUCCGGCGGGCGAAGCGUCUGCUAUGUUGGUCGGCCGGGAGCCGACUCGGCACGGCAGCUGAGCGACAAGAGCUACAACGCAUUGAAGGCAGCUGCACGAGCCGUCAAGCUGGAUGGGGAGCCCUUGGCAUUCCUGCCUUUGAACUUCGACGGAUCGGUGCCGACCGCGCAGCAAGCAAAGACCGUCAGCCGCUGUGAUGUCCUGAUUGGCCUGCAUGGCGCAGGAAUGUCGCAUUCCAUUUGGAUGUACCCCGGCAGUGUUGUGGUGGAGAUCAUGGACGAUGAGCACUUAGGCGCCGCGUACUACCGAAACAUCGCCCACUUGUCAGGACAUGUGUAUUUCAAGCACGACAAGCGCGAGCUUGAAGGGAGGCCACAGCUUUUCAAGCAGCUUAUGAUCACUGCAGCUGAGAUCAUCUCCAACAAGGCGACGUACUCACGCAAGGUGAGUUCCGAGUUGCCGGCUCUGCUGGCUAAGGUCUCCAAAAAGAACAUGGACAUCCAGCUUGCGUCCUUGCAGGCUGCUGUCAACAAGGCUGCCUCCGAGGCAGCCAUGUUCUUGGACCGCGCCCGCACGGAGCUACAGGCACUCUCGGAAGACAUCGCAGACUUCACCGCCCAGCACAACCACCUCAGGAAAGCCGACGUCGACUACCAAAUGGACCUUUCUGACCAGCAGCGGCGAAACGACGGUCUGGCCGACCAGCUGGAGAAGUUGACUGCUCGCCGGCGCCUCGCAGAGACCAGAUUGCAGGCGGACAUGGACAGCCUGCGAACCGAGAACACGGUCCUAAAGCGGUCGGUUGGCGCCCUUUCCAAGCUCUACGAGGCUCAACUGCUGCAGGGUCGACGGGCGCUGUUGGGGGUGCUGUUCGACGUGGACGGAACACUGGUGGACUCCACGCAGCUCGCCUUCUGCGCCACAAACGAGGUGCUGGAGAAGUUCGGGUACCCCCAGGUCGAUGUCGAGGACUACCAUCGCGGGACCAAGUACACCACCCCCGUCCGGCUGGCCUGGCAUGCUGGACUGGCGCAGAAUCCCGAGGCGAGCCCUUCAUCAGCCGAGUCGCUAGGGGCGGAGAUGGGCCGGGUCUUCGACAGCACGUAUGUGGCCCUGGUGACACCGAAGAGCGCCCCGCUCUUCGAGGGCCUAAAGGAGCUUCUCGCAGCGCUCGCGGAGAGGCAGGUGACCUUGGGCGUCCUGUCGAAUGCGGCGCUGGCAUACGUGGAAGCUGUGCUAUCUGUCAACAACCUGAAGAGGUUUUUCCCGGUGUGGCACGGCGCGGACUCAGUCGCGCUGCCGAAGCCAGCACCCGACGGCUUGCUUCAGUGCUGCACCGAGCUGGGCCAGCUUAAAGCAUCGGAGUACGUUUAUGUCGGUGACGGGCCCAACGACGGAAGGGCGGCGCGAGCUGCCGGGAUGGCCUCCAUCGGUGUGUCCUGGGGCUCCAACACCCGGGAGACGCUGGAACCCGACUUCGAUGUCGUCGUUGACACGGCCGAAGACUUGACGGAGGUCCUCCUUGCCUCUUUGCAAGAUCGCGCCGCGUGA